AUGGAUGAAGAGAUGGAAGCUCUGCAUAAGAACAAAAUAUGGGAUCUUGUGCCAUUGCCUAAGGGGAGAAAAGCUAUUGGGAAUACGUGGAUCUUCAAGUUGAAGAGAGAUUUAAAGGAUAAUUUGGAGAGAUAUAAACCUCAGUUGGUGGCCAAGGGGUAUGCACAGAAAUCUGGUAUUGAUUUUGAUGAAAUUUUUUUACCUAUUGGGCAGAUUGUGAGGGCCUUCUCUGAGGCCAAUCUUGACUAUGCUCUGGGUAUCAGAGAUGAUAGGGAAACUCUUGUUUACGAUAAUCCAAGUGACCCAACUAAACAAUGCAUGAAAGAUGAGUCAUGGAGCAAUCGUGUGAAGGACACAAUGGGUCAUCCAAUCUUUGGGCUUGUGAACAAGGCCACUGGGAAGGCCCUUCAUCAUGUCCCUUCUGAAUGUCAGGAGGUGUCUUUGACCAAGGACAAGGCUGGCUUGUAUGAUGAGAGUGUGAUGUGGAGUGAGAGUGAGGACAUAAGAUAUGGGUACAAGACCAUAAGGAUGGAAUAUGACAUUGGCCUCAAGUUGGAUGCAUUCCAGGGUGAUAUGAAGCAUGGAGGCAUUGAAGAGGGCACUAAAGUUGUGUUGUGGAAGUGGAACAAGCAGGACAACCAACUCUGGAAGAUCUCUCCCUGCUGCUAUAAGGAUCAUCAUGAUAUAUACAAUAUAGAGAUAUAUUUUCUAUAA